AUGAUGCCUACCAGCACUCACGAAGGCAGCGUCACUGUUAGACCAGCCCCCAACUCACCGAUAACUCGCGGCCUUUGGUCCGAACAGGAGCAUGAGCAAUUUUUGCACGCGAUGAAGAUGUUUCCGACUGGUCCGUGGCGCUCGAUUGCUGCUUUUAUCGGCACACGUUCCAUCAAGCAAGUGCAGACACAUGCACAAAAGUAUCAGCAAAAGAUCAAUCGCCGACGACGAGGCCUGCGCAAACAAAAGAAGAAAUUUGUUCGCCCUGAGCACCGCGUUGAUGCCCACGCUACGGGUUGUAUUCAGCGAUUAAAAAACUUUACAGCUCAGGGCUCUCCGAGAUCUCCUUCGGCCUAUUCAAUAGGUCCCAUGUCACCAAUGAGUAGCUUCGGACAGCUAUUGAUGGGCGGAUGCAGCCCGGUGGCUAGUGACGAAGGUAGCAUCAUUAGCUCCAGCUCUUCCAGUUUUGAUGAUCUAGAUGUAGAUUUUGACCUAGACGAAUUGCUAGGUGAAGUAGAGCCUUUGCCGUUCACGCCUGAUAUAUCUAUCGAGCAGGCUCUGAACGACAUCGACUAUCGACAAGAUGUGCAGGAAUCAAUUGACCUGCUCCUUGAUUAA